GACUCGAUCUUUCUGAGAAUCAUGAAGGCAGAAAUAGCAAAAAGUGCUUGGGACACUCUUCAAAAGGAGUUUGAAGGUGACAACAGAGUGAAAGACAACAAUCUGCUUACACUAAAAAGGCAAUUUGAAAUGUUAGCCAUGAAAGAGACAGAGACAGUGCAUCAGUACUCAACCAAGUUGAUAGACAUCAUCAACCAAAUCAGACUUCAAGGUGAGGAUUUUCCAGAUAAAAGAGUUAUUGACAAGAUAAUGGUUAGUGUACCAGACAAGUUUGAAUCAAAGAUCUUAGCAAUAGAAGAGUCUAAUGACUUGAAUCAACUUACCAUUAAUGAGCUCAUUAGCAAGCUAAAAGCUUAUGAGCAAAGGUUGUCCAUUAAAGGUGCCGAAGUUCCUGAAGAAGCCCUUCAAGCAAAGGAAAAAGGGAAACAAGCAGUAGAGACACCAAACUCUGCAGAAUAUGAAAAGGAAAAGAUGUUAGAUAACUCAGCUUCCUCGAGCAGCUCUUCAACUUCUGCCAGUUCCUGGUAUAUUGACAGUGGUUGUACAAGCCACAUGGCUCGAGAUGAAAGUAUUUUCUUGGACUUGGACAAAUCAGUGAAAACAAGUGUCAAGCUUGGAAAUGGCACGGUGGUUUUCUCACAAGGAAAGGGAACAACAGUAAUCCCAACAAGGUCAGAUGAUUUUUGCUAUAUUCAUGACUCAUUUGGAAUGGAGGUUGCUAGAGUUAAGAUGGUCCAGAACAGUUUUCUUUUAGAUAUGCAAUCUGUUCAGAAAUGCUUGCAUGCUUUUAAAGUCAAUGAUACACUUCUGUGGCAUAAGAGAUAUGGCCAUUUUAAUGUCAAAGCAUUGAAAUACAUGCAAACUAAUGAAUUGAUCAGAGACUUUCCAGAAGUGCAUGUAACUAAUGAAGUGUGUCAAUGCUGCCAACUUGGAAAAAUGCACCGGCUAUCAUUUCCUAUCAACAAGGCAUUUAGAGCUUGUGAAAAGCUAGAGCUUGUCCAUACAGAUAUUUGUGGUCCCAUGAAAGUUCCUUCUUUGGGCCAAAACAAGUAUUUCAUUCUAUUCAUUGAUGAUUUCACUAGAAUGACAUGGGUUUACUUUUUAAGUAGCAAAGCUCAAGUGUUCUCAAUGUUCAAGAAGUUCAAGGCCUUGGUUGAAAACCAAAGUGGAUGUAGAAUUAAAAAGCUUAGAUCAGACAAUGGUAAAGAAUAUACCUCUGCUGAGUUCAAUAAUUUUUGUGAAGAGGCCGGCAUCCAACACCAACUUACAGUCAGCUAUACUCCACAACAGAAUGAAGUUUCUGAGAGAAAGAACAGGACAGUUAUGGAAAGGGCCAAUUAUGGUAGAUGGUUAUGUAUGAACUUUUCUCACCUCCGAGUCUUGUUUACUGUUUUUAUUCAGGGUUAGAGUGUCUGCUAGAAGUGUUGUUUGCAUUGUACCUCUCCUCAAUUAAUGUAGUUGGUGUGUUUAAUAGUUAGUUGGGAGGUUGAGAUGUCAUACGUAGACUACAAAAUCCAACUAGAAGAAUAUGGUGCAGAUUUGUCUACUCAGCAGCAAACAUGUAAUCAAUGUAUUCCCUCCUU